AUGUCCGCCUUCAAAAGCCUCCUUGCAACUAGUACUAUCCCCUCCACGUUUGAUCAACUUCCCUCCCCCCAUCUCACCAUCGCCCUCACCCUGAUCCUAGCCUACCUCCUCCUCGUCUCCGCUCUCCGCUUCCAGCGCGUCCGCCAACUCCGCCACCAAUACCCUCACUAUGCCACCCGGGCAUCCAUGGCUCAGAUGACCGAUCACGACGCCUGGGCCAUCCAGAAGAACAUUCUCCAGCUUGAGUUUCCUACUACAGCCAUAAAAGCGCUACAGUUUGCGCUGUUCCGGACGUACGGCACCCCCACCAUCUCGUCCCUGCUCCUCCAAACCUCCCAACUCUCCAACCCAGCCACAUCCUUCAAGCGCUACGCAGACACCGGCGCCCUCAUUGGCCAAUUCAUGACCUACGCUCCCACCUCCCCGCGCGCCCGCACCGCCAUUGCCCGCACCAGGUUCCUUCACGCCGGAUACCGCGCCAGCGGCAAGAUCCUCGAGUCAGACAUGCUCUAUACACUGAGUUUAUUUGCGACUGAGCCAAUCCGCUUUGUGCAACGGUUCGAGUGGAGGGACAUGACGGAUUUGGAGCAGUGUGCUAUCGGCACGUACUGGAAGAGUCUUGGCGAUGCCUUGGGGAUUAGUUACGGUCUGUUGCCGUCGGGUGAGAAUGGGUUUCGAGAUGGGUUACAUUUCUUGGAGGAGAUACGGGAGUGGAGUGCUAAGUAUGAAAUGGAGAAUAUGAGGCCGGAUGAAACUAAUCGUCUGGUUGCUGACAAGACCAUGGAUGUGGUUGUUUAUGGGUUUCCUGACUGGGUGAGAGGUAUCGGGGUCCGAUUGGCUACCUGUGUGAUGGAUGAUAGGUUGCGUAAGGCGAUGAUGUAUGAUGCGCCACCUGUGCUGCACCGAAAGAUAUUUGCCGGGAUUGUCGGCCUCCGGAGAUUCGUCCUGCGAUAUCUCGCGCCCCCUCGUCCCGAUUUCCUCCGACUCGAGGUCUUCAGCAGAACUCCGAAUGAAAAAGGUCGGUACUAUGUCCGGGUUUGGAAGGGAAUGCCGUACUAUGUGCAGCCCACGUUCUGGAACCGUUGGGGCCCAGGGGCGUGGGUAACCUGGGCCGUCGGACUGCCACUCCCCGGGGAUGAGGGCGACACUUACUACCCCCAUGGUUUUGAUCUGGCAGACCUAGGGCCGAGGUACUUUGAAGGAAAGGGCCGUCAGUCUGUGCGGGAGAUCGAGGAUGCAAACUUGCCCCCUUCGCGCAUUCACAUCCUCGAAACCCUGAGCCAGGCCGGGGGCGGGACGGUCAGUUCUGGCGACCAUGUCAAUGGUUACGAUUACCGUGGUGGAGGGAUGCCCCCGUUCAACGACGUCUGCAUGGAGGAGCUUCUUGACUUGGUCCCUUCCAAGGAUGAUCCCGACCAAACCGUCCUCGAAGAGAUCAAUCAAUACUGGGACACCGAGGCCGUCAAAGAUACACCACACACCCGCUUCCUGACCCGUCAUAAGCACAGUAUCGAACGUAUCACUGCUAAAGAAGCCAGCGUGGGCCUGCGCGACCGCGUCGACCUGUUCAUGAUGGGCUCGAAAGCAGAAAAGUCGCUCGGACGCACGCGCAUUUGCGACCACUUCAGCAAAAGCUUCUUCAGGAGCGGCUACUGGCUGAUCCUAUCCACGACCUUCGGUAUCAAGCCCACCCACAGCGCAGCCGAAUUUCGGCGCUACCUGCAGCACUUCAUGCAUGACAUUCACAAUCUGAAUCGGCGCCAACGGCUUGAUGGCGGUCGCUUCAACCGACACGAGUCUAUCAUCUCGCCCAUUGCGCAGUUUCUACGCUCCGAGGGCGUCGACUUUCGCUUCCACACUACCGUCACCGACAUCAUCACCUCCCCGUCCAGUAGCGACCCGCACCGCGUAUCUGCCAUCAAGGCCAUUCAUGAAAACGAACCGGAGCACACAAUAUCCCUGAGCCCACGCGACAUCGUGCUCGUCUCCUUAGGCUCCGUCAUGUCCGGUUCCACAACAGGCACCAACACGACCCCACCAUCCCUCGAACUCAUGGAAAUCGAAAAAGACCUCGACGAGAACUGGCUCCUCUGGCUCGAACUCUCCACCAAGAACCCCAUCUUUGGAAACGCCUACAACUUCUGCACCCGAAUGAGCGAAUCCCGCCUCGAAUCCUUCACUAUCACUCUAUCCACCCCAGACUUCUUCACCCGAUUUACCACCCUCACCCGCGACAAACCCGGCAGCAGCACCUUAACCACCCUAAAAGACACCCCUUGGCUCAUCAGCCUCAGUCUCCCCCAGCAACCCUUAUUCCCGAACCAACCCCCCAACAUCCAAGUCCUCUGGGGCUAUGCAAUGUACCCAGACCGCGAAGGCGAAUUCAUCAAAAAACCCAUGCUCGAAUGCUCGGGCCAAGAAAUCUUCGAGGAAAUCCUCCACCAGCUCAAAUUUCCCGUCCGCGAAAUCCUCAACCACGCCAUCACCAUUCCAUGCGUGGUACCGCGCAUGGCCGCGACAUUAUUGCCCCGCACGGACGGCGAUCGCCCGCGGGUGAUCCCCCCGGGAAUCGUCAAUCUCGGCCUAAUCGGCCAGUUUGUGGAGAUCCCGAGCGAAGUGGCGGUCACGAUGGAUUAUGGGGUACGGGGGGCCCAAAUGGCCGUGCGGCAAUUGAUGGGUCUGGGUGUGAGGAAACCGUCGUCGAAACGUAGUUCGACGAUUAGUUUGUUGGGGUUGUAAUGCGUGUUAUUUCCAACUGCACUGGAUAGAAAUUCCUUCAAGCCUGUACUAGUGCAAUUGAUUAGGUCCUGAAAGCUACCUUGGAUUGCAUUCACCGUGGGAACCCACACGCGCAUCAUUUACUCGACAUUGGGAUUUACUGCCUGUUAU